AUGUAUUAAAAAUAUUUAUUCAUCUGCUUCUUAUUAGCAGUAGCUAUUUGUGAAGGAGGAUAUUAGAAUAUCAAAAUAAAAGAAUUUAUGAGUUAGAAUAAUGAAAUAUUUACAUAUAUAAAUGAAAUUUUAGAUGAUGAAGCUGGACCAGACUAUUUCUUAUGGAAAAUUGAGAAUGUUUAAUAAUAAAUAGUUUCAGGCAUAAAUUAUAAGAUGGUUGUUGACUAUUAAAAAAAAGAUGAUCCAAAUUAGUAUACUUAAUUUGAGAUUAUUGUUUAUGAUUAGUACUAUUAUAUGAUAAUAAAAUUUAAGACCUUGGACUAAUACAAGAAAGGUAACUGCGUUAGAACAAAAAAAUCUAAGAGUUGAUAAUAAAAAAUAAAAUAAUUUCAAGUAUCAUGGUUGGGUAGACCUAGAUGCUAAGUAAUUUAGUGAAAAGUUCUCUUAAAUAUAAAAAUUAAUACUUUCAAAAUUAAUUCCUAAAUUUGAGUUAGAAGAAGAUACUUCAAUAAUUGAAAUUAAAUCAGUCAAAGAGUAAUUCAUAGCAGGUAAAACCUAUUUAAUUUUCGUUCAAUUAUCAGAUGGUAAAUUAUAUAAAGGAACUUUAUAUGAAAAGUAAUAUUAUUAUAAUAUAAAUAAAGUCCAUGGUCUAAGAAAAUGGAAGUAGUAACAGUAGAAUUAGAAGAAGAUUGAUAAUUAUAUAUAUUAAUAAUAAUAAUUGUUAAUUAAAAAUUGAG